AUGGCAGUGAAACACUUUGAUCAAUGGGCCGGCCUCGGCUCUUUGACCGGAGUGGCGUUGGUGUUGCAAGGAGCUAUUCCUUUUGAUGUCAAGUUCGUGGCGUCUGGCCAAGUCCAUUUCUGCGCGGUUAAUCUUGAUUGA